CCUAGGAAGACCUACAGAAUAUUUACUAGAUGAUAUUUACUAUAUGGUUCGUGUUCAUGAAAUAUUUUAACCGCGAAGAAUGCCACUGACGAUUUAUAGUGAUUUCUUCAUUCAUUUUCGCUCCCUGGAAGUAUUUCUUUCAGCCAAUCCGCCGUGAAUACUUGGGGAUACACAAUUUUAAGCUAGGUUCUUUCAGAUGGGUCUUAGCUUCUUGGCGACACAGUCGUUUAUCAGGAUUCAGGAUUGAUUGAAGAAAUACUCAGGCUUAGGUUUAACCUGACAGAAUGGCGGACUCUCAGACUUCGCUGGCAGCUUCACAUAGCAAUACCUCGUUUGUUGACGUGCUGAGCAAUGAAUUGCACACCAGUUUGGGUUGGUUUCUGUUGUCUAUCCUGGCUUCCAUAUUUUGGUGCGUGUAUAUAGCUUACUAUAACUCUAGGGUGAUCGGACUCAUUCUCACCGUCUUGAUGAACAGAGUUGUGAAAUUUGGGCAUGUGCAAUUAGGAUCUUUUUCCUUCUCAGUAUUAUCAGGAAAGAUCAUGUUCAGGGAUGUUCAUCUCAUCACAGAGGAUUUCUCCAUCAGAAUCACCGAUGGCUGGGUCAUCUUCAGAUGGUGGAGACCCUAUGUUUACAAGGAGCUAACUGAGGAUUUCUCUCAUUCUGACACCAGAGUCUCCAUCUAUUUGGAUGACUUUGAGUUCCACAUCUACAACAGGUCUCAGCAUUAUGCCAGGCUUGAGAAAUUAUUUGGCUUUGAGGAGCUGAUGAAUCCAAAAGGAAAACAAACAACAGAAGCUGAGAAAGAUCUAGCUGAAAGAGCCCGUAGAGCUCAGAAGGAGGGUUUCCAGUGGAGAGAUCUGAUUCCGGUGAUAAAGCUGGAUAUUAACACGGGUCGAGCAGUGUUUGGUAAUCACUUGGUUCCCAGUAGUCUGAGUAUUAACUUUGAGGAUGCUCACAUCGUGUACACCACCAAACCCUCGUCUACCCCCUUUGAUAAGUUCAUGCACAUUGCUAAGUGUACCACAGAGAACUUGAGGGUGAUGUUUGUACCCAGCCCUGGCUAUGAUGAACCCACGGAUGAGCCUCCGCGAUACAUGGGUGAGGGAUUUGUGGUCCUGCAGUCCAACGAUGUAGACAUUUACUAUUAUAUGGAUGCUCCAGGUGUUGUCCCAUAUGAACCUGAACAGUGUAUCUUAGCAGAUGGUGAAGUGAUAGUGAGAGAAACUUUUCCAUGUUGGGGGGUGGACAUCAAAUGUGGGAAGAGCACGGAUGUGAAGUAUGGAAAAACUACAAGUAUUAGUUAUGGACCUUGGGCUGAUAAACAAAGAGAGUACCUGUGGAAGUUUUUCUACCCGCCAGACUAUCAGGACUUAGUGGUGACACCUAUGGCAAAGUCUGGCCAACUGAGACAGCACAAGUCCUUUGACGUGAAGCUGAACAUCCUGGCAGAUGCUACGCUGGAUGUGCUCUUCACCAAGGCCAAGGAGACGCAGGCUAUACAUUUAGACGUUGGUCAGGGGUCGUAUUUUGAGGCGACGUUUCCCUGGAUUACUGAACCCACUGGGUUCACCACACGUGUAAAUGGGCAGCUCUUACUUAUGGAUGCUACAACGAGUCUCAAGUUCCGGUCUUUUGCUGAAUGUGAAACACUGGAGUUUGAUGUCCGUGCCAACUACCCUCUCCAUUGGAAUGACCCCCAGGACUGGUUUAUAGAGCUGACAGCCUGCAAGGCUUCAGUCUUCCUCAUCUUUGAUAUCAAACACUUCUUUGUUGAUAUGUUCAAUGACUGGGGUGAUAAGAAUGUGCCAGAUAUCUACAGAUUUGUUCCCUAUACCUACCACUUCAACCUGAUCAUCAAGGAGUUUGAGCUGCUCACUGUGGCCAAUGAGUAUAACUGGAUUGAUUGCUCCUCUGCACAGCAAGAGAAUAGUCAUAUUGCAUUCUGUGGGGAGAGUUUUGAUCUGUCCUUCAAGCUUCCUUUCACUGACUACUUGCCAACCACUGUCCUGGUCGACCUCAUGAUUAGUGGUGAAACCGUAGACGCCAGACUGUACGUUCCAGAGGCCAACACAAGCCGCCAUGUUUUAAUUGCGCUGUCAGAGAACAUGAAGAUCAUGGACAGGAAUGGGAACACGUUGGAGGGGGUCUUCAACAGCAGCAGAGAUAAACAGUGGAGGAGAGUUACCAAGAAAUGUGAUGGUUGGAUAGACUGUUGGACCACCAACAUUGCUGCCAUCAAGAUAGGCUACACCUAUCACCCUCAGCCAGCGCUCCGUAAAGAACACCUUGACGAGCAGCUAGCCACGCCCCAGAUGGAAGAGAGGCUGCUUAUCCCGCUGAAACCCAUCGUACCAGAGACCACGGCACCCAAGGACUUUGACCCCACUUAUAUGGAGCCAGACUUGAUCUCUGUGGAGUUAGAAGUUGGCCCCUCUGUGCUCUGUCUCUAUGGAUCCAUACUGACUAAUUUUCUACAUGUUAAGGAAAAUUAUUUUGGAGAAGACCAGAAAUUCACAGACUUUGACGAUGUUUUCUCUCCUCUCUCAACUCCCUUCUCUGAUGAUGAGUUUGUGGAGGAGGAGGUAGCAAAGCCGUUUGACCCACGAUAUUAUCGACCGCUCUCAGUCACAGUGUCCUUGACCUUUCAUGACAUUCAGGGUCACGUGGUUAAGAAUUGUAACCCAGAUGAUCCUCCAUGUCCGACUGCUUUCUGUGAGAGGCUGGCCUUUGAGAUGGACAAGUCGUACCAGGAGACCAAGCUACAGCUUCUCCUGUCCCCUGUGGUGCUCAUUGCCAAAGAUAAUGUCACUAGAUCCAGUGAGGAUUCCCACCUUCAGAACGGUCAGGUAGCUCUGUCAGGACUGCAGAUGCGAGGCCACGCCAUGUUUUCACACGAGGGACUUCCCCUGGAUGCGGAGACCCUGGAGUACGCCUGGUUAAUAGAGGUGACAGUAGGAGAUAUCACUGGAAAACUUACUGUGCCUCAGGUCCAUCAGCUGAUAGAGUUUAUCCAGACAGGGAUAUUCCUGAUUGAGGACUCAGAAAAUGGUCUCCAGCAUCCAGUGCCAUACAAACUGUGCCAGCACUUCAAGCCACAGCCAGACUGUGAGAUGAGCACUAAGUACCCCUUCCCCUGUCCUACCACAGAGGAAAUCAAGUACAGAAUGACCCGACUGUCUGUGGAUUCUAUAGAUUUAUACAUUGUUGAGAGUAGCACUGCGCUCAACCUUCAGAUCUUCCCAAUACGACUGGCAACAUGUAACCUCCACGGCAGUGACAACAAGGCAGGAGUGACUGGAGUCAUACAACAUGUGCUACUUAGACAAUACAUAGAGUCUACACUGGACCACCAGCAUAAAACACACCCUGACAAACACAGUGAGGAGACUGUACCAAUGUGGCUGGAAGCUGGUGGCGUUUCCCUCGGCCCUGUGAAUGUUGAUGCCGCCAUUGCUAUUCCCAGCAUGCAACACCAUAAAAUUCAAGACGCGUUUUUGAAGCUCCAUGAUAAAAAGACGCGAAGGCUGUGGUUUAUGUGGCCUCCUGAUCUCCAUGUGAUGAACCCUGAUGCCAUUGGCAGGUGUGGAUGUGUGGGAGGCUGCAAGUUCUUUGGACAUAACAAAGGUGGGAUGACAUUUUUCCAUCUUCACACCAAAGGCAAGAGAAAUGCCAUUUAUGAGGUCACGCCUGAUGGCCUUGACCCUGGGUUCGGACAAAGCCUUCUACAACGAGGUCAACUCGUCUUUGAAAUAGAGAGCAGCAGCCUCCCUUCAACAUCUUCUCCUGACAAGCCACAUACUUUUAUGUUCACUCGUGGCUACUUCAGUCACGCUAGUCCAACUAGUCCCAUGACUACUACCACCAUGCUGGAGUCUAUAAACACCAAGGAGAGUGAUGUACAUUUUGGUGGCAGCGGUGGGACAGGUACUGCCGGGAGGGGGAGGGUCCCCCAAAGUGCCUCGGAAGUCGUCCUCAUGAACCAUGGGUGUUACGAGGCUGAUGGAGAGGACAACUUUGAGAACAAGGAGAUUCUUUCAUAUCUGGGUUCAGGGACAGAAGGAGAGGCUUUGUCUGUCACGCAGUUUGAAGCUACCGGGAAAGGAAAAGACACGGUCUCUACUAUAUCUCUAGCUGGCUCCCUACAGCCUGAUACAUUAUCACUGAGAGAUAGGACUUCUCUGCUCUCUGGGACAAGUAUGGUAGACCCCAGAUUGACAUCCUGGUCAAAUCUUAAGGGUGCAGAGGGGAAGGACACACCUUCAGUGGUCUCCCUGGCUGGCUCCAUUGAUAGUCAGUCUAUUACAGGGACAGGUGAAGUCAAAGCCCCAGAUACUCUAAGUAACCUGGAGGAUAUAAAGGAAGUGAAGGAUACUGACAGCCUCUCAGAUCUAGUACCUGAGGAUCCUAUGCCAGAUGCCUAUGACACAGAUCGCUGGGCCAGUACACAGUCUGAUACAGCAAGUCUGUCAGAGGCAGCCAAGACCCCACCCACAGCGAAGAGAGUGGAGCCAGGGAUAAGACACUGGAGACAGACCUCUGAGGGAAGUCAGCGUACCCUGUCCAGUGGGAGUCCCAUCAGUGAUGCAUCCUCCCCCAGCAGACAGAGACAGCGGUUGUCUCCCAGGGGCAGCCCUGUUGUACUCCACCCAGGAAUCCAACGUCGUAAAUCAUCAGAGAAACAUCCUCAUCUCAUGUCGACCGGCUCUGUGAAUAGUGAGAGUUAUUAUUCAGCCGAUGAGGAAAUGAGUGGCUCUGCUGAUGAUGAUGACGAUGAGGAUGACAAUGCUGCAAAGGUUGACUCUAAAGAGAAAGGUCAAAGGUCGGAGGUCAAGAGGAAAGAAGAUCAUCGAAUUAACACUCCUGGGUCGACAUCUUCUAGUGAUAGAACCAUCAUAGGGACUGUGAAAAAUAAGAAGGCAAGCUGGAGGAGAAGGCCCCUGGGUUCAUCCAGUUCAAACUCCAGCUCGUCCUCUUCUUUUAUCUCUGCAGCCUCAUCAGCGGAGGAGGGGACUGAGAUCCAGGAGGAGGAUUUGGACUGGGUGGAUCUCCAUGGUCAGAUGGACCAGGCCAUUACCAGCUCCCCCCUCCUCAUGUCCUGCUACUCCAGUCACCUGACCCAGUGGAAGUGUUCUAAUUGGUCAGCUCCUCCGCCCUUACCACACCUGCUACCACGCCCUCUGUUCAACAUCCCCAGGGGUAAUCACACCUACCCCCCUGACCCUGGGGAUCACCUUGCUGGUUCCCCCUGGAUACCCCACUUCUCCCCCUGCCACCAGGGGUUCAGCCCCAGACUAAUGAUUUCUAAGAAAGAACCAGUGAUGAAUUUGACCACCAACAGUGAAAGUUCAGAAGACGAGGAAGAGGAGGAGACAGCGGAUGACAAAGUAAAUUCUCCAGGUGAAGAGACGGCCUUGACCUUGGAGGACCAGACUUCCAAGACAACCGCAGUGAUCAAACUCCAGGGCUCUGUGGAUCUUCUGGUGACACCUCUGCUGCUAGAGGCAACACAAAGAUAUGUGGAAGCCAUAACACCAACCCUAGCUCUUCUUCAUCCGUCAGCCAUCUUAGACAGGCUUCAUGUAGAGAGUUCUGAUGAAGUGAAGGCACAAAAUAAGUUGAAGAAGCUGAAGUCUGAGCACGAGUCCCCAGUAAAACCCAAGGAGGAGGUGGAAGAGCGCGAAGAUGUCACGGAGGAAGUGACGUCAUCUAAGGUGCAGGUGCUCAUGUCACUGGCCAGGAUCAACAUCAGCAUAUUACAAGUGUCACUGGUGGAGGAGUACAUCCAUUUCUCAGCCUUGGACAACUUCAGAGAGAUCACGUGUGUGUCCCUGCUAGCCGUGUGUCUGGACAACAUAUCUGCCACCCUCACUGCCAGCAACCAGUCCAAGAAGAUCACCAAGUCUAUCCACCUGCCCCCCAGGAGAGAGAUGAGUGUUCACAGGACUGGGAGUGGAGAUAUUUUACCCUUCGCUAAACCUGUCCAAGCAGCAGUGAGACGGCUCACUCUCUCGUCACGAGCUUCGAAGAUAAAACGCCAGUAUUCCAACCUGUCCGCGACGCUUGAAGUGACCAAUGAGAGAACGGAGGUCAACCAGGAUGAGUUGGCGGGAAUUGUGAAUUUGGGGAAAAUUCAUUGUCAGUUGAGAAGAUUGGUAAGAAAUACCAAACCUCCUAAAGAUGUUCGUCUCAGUGCGAUACCAGAGCACCGCUCCAAAGUUCUGUUCACCUUCCAGAAGGAUCUUUUUGUGCCGGAGGACAGUAUAAGUGACACCCACUCUCAGAGCAGCCGCUCCAGGCGGGAGUCUCUCACCUCCAACAAGAGAAGCAGCACCAUCGACGAUAACACCUUUGGUUUUAUUAUGGUGGAGUUUGGUUUGGAUAAUAUCUGUUUGAAGGCUUUAAAGAGGAAGGGUUUCAAGGAAGAUAUCCCAGAGCCCACCUCCAAAUGGGAUGCCAAUAAGCCAGACACCCUGAGGGCACCCCCCUCCUCGCCAGACCCCCUGGGGGAGCAGGCAACCUUUACCCUCGUACAGGAAGACACCCAGAGCGUAAAAAGUGCGGGCUCCAAAUCAAAGCUCAGCAGCAAGGCCAGCGAGGGCAGCGAUGCAGACUCUUUUCAUUCUGUCAUAUACCAUGGCUCUGAUAGUGAGGCCUCAGAGAACGUUUCCCCUCCCCCACCUGGCAGGAACUCCCCCUCAGACUCUGACACAGGCUCGGCAGUGUUGCAGUUUAACUUGGUGUGGUUCAGUUUUGCUGCUCCGCCACCCAUGCCAAACAAAGGAAAGAUAGAGUUUACCAGAUUGGACUGGAACUUUCUCAGCACAGCCACUCCUGCCAUCAAUGCCUGGCUGAGUCCCAGCGACCAUCUGAUCGUAGCGGUGACAGAGCUUGUCCGCGAGAUGAGGAGGAGGACACACUCCGUGAUGGCGUGUCUCAUGACAGAGGCGCUAGAGGUCCAGGGGAUACAUCUACCUGCUAAGAGUAAAUACAAGAAGAUCACCAGCUUCUCCAGAGCUGUCCAGGAGGACCCUUCCUGCCAGCUGCUCACCGUCCUCAGAAAGUACAUCAAGAAGGUCGGAGCCCGGUCCAUAGAAGACGCAGUUAACACUGAUCUGACCCCUCAACCCGUCACCAUACAGAAGGGGAUCCUUGCUCUGACCAGACAGUGGAAACUUAUUCUCUACAUGCCUGUGGAGGAACACCUUAAAAACAAGCCGCGCCCCAUCCCCUUCUCUUACCCUGUCCCCAAGGAGGAAAGCAUGGAUAAUUUGAACAUGUACGAGAAGGGGCAGGAGGCUUCGCAAGAUAACCUGGAUUUUGACAUUACAGAUGAGAAGGCAUCUCUCCUUCCACAGGGUGGAACAUCUCCUAAGGACAUGGGUUCCCUGACCAGCUUGAUCAAGCCGUGCUCAGGGAAGGCAAGCAAGGGGAGCUUUGAGAAUGUAUUUGUGGAUGCUCAGAGUGAGUUUUCGGGGAAAGUGAAGUCAAAAGAUGGCGCCACUGGCAACAGGUUGGAAAUGUCUCCCAUUGGAAAAAAGAACAGCGGACACAAGAGCGGUGGUGUGGAUGCAGGGGAGGGUGUGAAGGAGUUCAAACAUGAGGAUUCCCCCAGCAGACUGCCGUACAAUAGUGGAGGUAGUAGUAAGAUUCAAGAGAAUCUCUCCCAGCAGCCUCAGCAGCAUCAUUACGUACCAUUGCAACACCAGUUUCUGCGCAAUGAAAGUGCAAUAAGCAUGGCGUCCAGCUUAGGUAGCCUGGACCUUGAUAAACAAAGUCGACAUCGCUGGUCUCAACCACCACAACCUCCGCAAGAAAAGAGCGGUGAGAACGAAGAUCUGUAUCGCUGGAUGGCCAGGCACCAGCAGUUUAACAAGAAGUCGCUGGGGUUCAGCCAUGAGCCCUUGGAAACCAUGGUCAGCCAGAUCAGUGUGGACGCCCAGAGUCAGGACACUAGUAUUCAGGGCUACAACCCAGGGGUCCUGCCUGGCACACAGCUGGCCGACGCCCAGGCCCUGUUUAAGCCCCUGCUGGAGAGCAUGUGGCUGCAGUCCGAGGGGGUGAAGUCCUCGGCAGUUAUGAAGCAGUUUGGUGGAAAUAUUAACCUGCAGGUCCAUCUCCCGCAGUUCAGGAUCAAUAUUGUGGCCUCAGAUGAUGUACAAGGACAAAGGUCAAAGGGUAAAGGUCAUGGGAAGAGUAAGAGACACACCCACCUGCUUGACUCCAUACGCGACAUCCCAGUGUUCCUCUGUGAUAAUUUCUCUGUUGGACUGAACAUCAAAGAAGUGGUUGACUUUGAAAAAGAGGAGGAGGAGGAAGAGAAAAGGCCAAAGACGAUAAGAUUUGCUAUUGAUGCUCUGGAGGCUAAGCCUACCACCACCCAGUUCACCUUCAGUAUUAACACAGACAGUGUAAAGCAGCAUGUGGAUAUGGCAGUAGUCAGGCUGGUACAUCAGGUGGUCACUGUGAUGGAAAAUUUCAACGUCACACGGACAGAGCUCAAAAAGAACCGCCCCGAGGCGUACAGAACCCACAGGAAGCAGGACUCUAAGGGGUCAUCCUCGGGAACAGACACUCAGAGUUUAGGGUUUGACCCCCAGGAACCAGGGGCAUGGAGUCCCAGUCCAAACGCUGAUGCUGCAAAGCAUGCAGAAAGGACCUUUGCCCUUAAAAAGGAAAGAGAAGCACCUGGACCCGACCCUAAUAAAGGUUUGGCUCCCAGCCCCAUACUGAAGAGGACGUCCAUGCCUGGCAGGAUGGGGAUAAGAAAAAUGAGACUUGAAAUACCAAAGAGAUUAGAACUGGACUUGUCUCCUAUUGGGUCUCCUAUAAGGGAACACAGUGGAGGAAUUGCAGAAACAACCUCACCAACUGAGGUGGAAAGAACCAUUGUAGAUCACAUUACGGAAAAUACGCCCAAAUGUUGGCGAACUCUGUACCACCUCCUAGAUUUAUACUCCCGUAUGCCAGAGAUGAAGACAGUGGGUAAGGCGCCCAGCAUCUCCCAGCUGUCCACCAUUGCUGAGGAAACUGAGGCAGAUCUUACCACACCCUCCAAACCUGUAGAUGGCACCAGUGAAGAGGAUGCCAAGACAGGAGCAACUGGUGAGCCUGGUGAUGAUGUAGGGGGAGAUGUUGAUAUUGAGAGUGGAUUGGUUGGUGAAGAGAGAGGUCGUGAUCAUCACAUGCCUCACCACGUACCCUUAGCCCCAGCAACUACGCCCAACUUCAUGCGUCUGCCAUCAACUGGAACAUUUACUACCAGUAUAUUGAUAGGAGAGACAGUUCCCAUAGUGUUGUUUGGUACAGCUAAGAUUCAUCAGAUCCAUAUCCAGGCUACACUCAGUGGCUUAGAACUGGAGGCCAUUGUCAGAGACGCCCACGCUAGUGUGGCUCACAAGGAGAAGGUCAAAGGGAUUUUCAAGAAGAAGACAGUGGAGACGUCCUCCACUCUCCACAUGGGGCAUGCUCUGGUCACACUGUUUGAGGGCAUGCAGGCAGAAAAACAGACUGUUGUCACUGUGAAUAUAACCAAGUCAGAAGGCCUGUACAGCACUGUGACCAAAAGAACCAGAACCAGGAACUCUGGUCUCCUGACCAUUGGUCAGACCAAGGUGGACAUCCCACAGCACCCAGUGGCAUUGCACGGUGUGGUCACCAGGAGUUCUAAGAGGUUGUCCACUACACUUCAGGAGUUUAUACGACCACCCUCUGCUGUCAGGUCCUCAGAGAACAUAGGUAACACCACCCCUCAGCAACCCCACCAGGCCCCUGAGGUAUCUGAGCCACCCCCCAGCAGAGCCCCAACAGAGCAGAAACCCAAACUGUUAGUGAUGCACUUCACGGCCACACUGGAGGGGUUCGCAGUGGAGGCCUCACUGCUGCCCUCUCUCAGGGCACAGUACAAGAUUGGUAAAGUAACGAGUGCUGGAGUGACGGGAAGGAAGGCCAAGUUCUACAUUGACUGGCCUCAGCAUACACUCAGCUUUGACUCCAAGGUGAAGGAAAUCCCAGUGAAUACAUGCAUCCCAACCUCCGCCACCAUUGACCUUCCCCCUAUCUACCUCUUAGUGGACUACAGGCCUAGUAAGGGGGGUCUGCAGACAUCAGGGCUCACAGAGGGGCUGAUAGUGAGAGAGGGCGACUAUUUCCAUGCUGUGGCUGAGAUGGGACGGUUUGAGCACAGUCUGACCACUGACUUGUUGAACCACUUGGUGUUUGCUCAGAAGGUUUUUAUGAAGGAGAUCAAUGAAGUCCUGCAGAAGGUGUCUGGAGGAGACGAGAUCGUUCCUAUUCAGAUAUGGGAUGAGCAGGGCCAGAGAGUGGAUAGUGGGAUAUCCAAACCUGUCCUCUACUCUGUCAUCUUCAAACUACAGGGUAUUGAGAUAGUUGCCACCACCCCCACUGCCAGUGCCGUCCGUCUGGUCACUGAGGAGAUUGAGCUGGAAUUGUCCAACAGGAUUCAAAAUCAAGCCUCUCACGAAGUGAGCCAGAGUUUGAAAUUAUUUGUCAGAGCUCAACUUGAUGUCAACCUGGAACUGGGACAGCUGUUAAAGAAUCAUGUGUAUGUAGAAGUGCACCCAGAGUUUCAAGCCAUGUCAUUCUUUAGAACCAGGAUUGGGCUCAGAAAUGCCUUGCAGGAUGAAAUUCUCCCUGACGGCUCAAAAGACCAGGAGGCUCUCCUCAUCUCCCUGACACGACCGGUGAUUUAUGUUCAACCCAGUGCUUUUGACAAGGCCGUCCUCGUGUGGCUGAACUAUAAGAAUGCCUAUGAGUAUUGGCAUGAACAGAGAAUGGCUCUUAAUAAAGAGGUCCUGACAGCCACCCAGCAGGUAUUUGACCGUCUUCACAUGCCCAGUAUUAGCAGCACCAGCAGCCCUGCCCUGGGGACACUGUUCUUACAACUGACAGUGGACUCCUUGGGGAUAUGUCUACCAAUAGAGUCACAGCUACCUGGCAUGACCCCCAGCAGUAAACUAUUAGACAGUGAGCGUGCAGGCGCAGCGCUGGUUCUCACUCUAGAGAGUACGCAGAUCUCCGCAUGUUCCUGUGGCUCUCUGGUCAGCAAGGGCAAGUUCACAGGCUUUUGCCUGAGGUUUGCGGAUGACUUUGAGAUCUCCCUGGAUGAGUGGGGUCCCCAGGACAAGGAUGAUAUCGUGAUGAACGCCUGUGUUGUCCCUGAGGGAACAUAUGAAGUGUGCUCACAGACUGUCACUCACCAACCACAAGACACGUCAAGCCAUGGAAAGAUGAUAUUGAACAUCCUAUGGCACAUGAAGGGGAUUGACGUCCAUCUUGACACUAGUAUUGGGAAGAAACUGUCCGCACUGGGAGUGACCGUCACCUCACUGACCGGGGAGGAAGAGGACGUGGUGGAUGGAGAGAAUGUGGAGAGUGUGGGAUUUGACCAGCAGGCUGAGCCAAGAAGGAAGCUCAGCAGUGUGUUUGGCACUCUGCCAGAGUUUGCCUACGACAUGAGCCUGGAGCCCAAAAUGAGGGCCAAACUGAUUGAGAAGGAAUUGAUAGAGCAAGCCAAAGUGGUGGAAGAUCUCAAACAACUCGGAGCCAGUCGGAUGACGGUGGAACAAGAGGAGCAGAAGAUGCAUGAGCUGGAGGCCGCUCUGUUCCAUGACUUUAGGAGAGACGUUAUUCAGAAACUGAGGAAACAAAGUGUCAGGGCUACUGCUCUGAAGGACAAACUUGGUCUUGGCUACAAGUCCACACACACGCGUUCCAAGUCUGUGGCCGCUCCCACCUAUAGACGUAAGACCGUCGACCAGGAUCAGCUUGCGGCUUACAACGAGGAGUUAUUUGGGUCGGGUCACACACGGAGAAUGUCACUAGAGGGCAUGGACCUGCAUAAAGUGACAUUUGGUGAGACGGGGACUCCCACCACAGACACCAGUGACUUCCUGUCCACUACGGUAGAUGACCCCUCAGGCUUCCAACUGUCCUACAGAGAGGAGGACGAAGAAGAAGAGGAGGAGGACGAGGGGGAUGGUGGCAUGCCUUCACGCCCCAGACGGAAGCAGCUGUCUCUCCACGAGGUGUUUCACUCCAGCUCAGAGGAAGAUAUUGAAGAUGCGUAUCUAAGACAGGCUGCACAGGCACAUAGGAACCGUCGUGACAUUGAAGAUGGUCUUGACCGCCACACGGGCUCCACCCCCAGUAUGGUCAGCACAGGGUCCCAGAAAGCCAACAUGGCCGCACAGCCCAACAUUGACUUUGAGUGUGACAUCAAGGUGGAGAUAGACAGUGGACAGUGUGUGCUCCACCCCAAGGAGAAGAAAGAGGAGGAGAUGGAGGGGUUCUCUGGGAAAAAGACUAAAGCCAUGAGGACAGCGUCAGUCCCAGACAGUGUCUCUCCUCUGCCUAAGAAGAAGACAUUAAGGAAACAGGAGACAGUCCCCCAGGCCAUGCUAUCACAGGGCAGACUGCGUCAACUGACAGGAACACAGAGCCAAACUGAUCUCACGCUCUUCUUCCUGCCAGGAGUUAAUGUGAAGGUCCACUACAACUCUAAGACCAGUACCACCGAGACCCCGACCAGCUCCCUGAAGACUGGACUGGAUCCUGCUGAGGUGUUUAAGGAGGCUGCUGACUCCUCUGUGACUGUGGUGAAGAGAAGUAAUGUAAAGAAAGCAAAUCUGUAUGCCUGGAUAUCUCUGGAGAAACUGUCUGAGGAGAUGAUAAUAGGUCCAUCUCUACUGGACUUCCUGGAGCAGGCUUUGGAGUCUAUCCCAAUCCAGUCUCAUCCCUCUACUCAGACUAGGACUACCAAAGAUGACUUUAUGGGCAGUAUCCUGACCCUUGACCUUGACUCCUCUGCAGCCUCAGUUUCACCUGUCGCUGCUAGCUCCUUCCCAGUGGAUGUUAUAGUCUAUGUCAGGGUGCAGCCCUCUGCAAUUAGGUUCAACUGUCUCCCAGUCUCCAAAGUAGAAUGUCUCCUGCAGCUGCCGUCUCUGGACUUAGUGUUCUCCACAAAGAGGACUGACGUAGAAGGAAAUAUGAUCACUGAGGGAACGCCACCCUCCAAACACAAAGUUACAACUCUCCUGGCGGAGGAGAGAAGAUCCAGCAGUAGUAGCGGAUCUCGUAGUCGUAACAGCAGUGGUAACAAGUUGAGGCUGGGCAGUACGUCCUCAGAGCUGACCUCUAGUGGCGGUCUCAGUGUUACUGGCUGUCUCUCUGACUUCUCCUUCUACAUAUUCCAUCCCUAUGGUGGUGCACAGAAGAAACCAGCUUCAUUGCAUGCUUUCAGUGGAGGGUCAGGCACUAGCAUCGGCGCAUCCCGUCCUGAAAGCAGAGGAAAAGACUCCCUCAGCCUCAAUGUGGAGUUUGUCAAAGUGAACAUCUCGCGGACACGGAAGGGUCUGGUAGUGGGCGCCACCUCCUCUGACCCCAGUCUCAGCAGUAGUUUUACCCCAGGGAGGCUGACUAAUGACCUGGGGGGCAAACCACAGAAUGCCGUCAGGUUCUCUUGUAUCUGUGACAUCGGCUCAGCCACAUUUAAAUAUGACAUGCGUCGUCUGUCAGAGAUUAUGGCUCUUCCCAAGGCUUGGUACAGGAGAGCACUGGCCAGAAGGUUGUUUCUGGGGGAAGAAACCGUGGCAUGGACUGAGCAAGAAUUUGACCUUUCGGAUACGGCUAGCAGCAGCAGCAGUUUCCCCACCCCUGACUCCCCGCCUGUCGCCCCCUUUAGCCGAGCUAAUACAUCGCCUCAGAUUAACGUUACACACAUUGAUGAGACUUUUAAGAGCAAGACGCAUCACAGGCGACUCUCCUCUGGGGACAAAGCAAAAUUGAAGCUGAACUUGGACUUCAAAAGGGAGCUCUCCACAAUUGCUUCAAGAAAGUCUUCAAUAGCAUCAACGACCUCCCCGACAGCCACGCCUCCCUUUGGGUCACUGAGGACAUCAGGGGGUCAUCCAGUGCAACGGUCUAUGUCUACAUCAGGAAGACAGCCACCAUCCACGUCAGGCACCCCAGUGAUGUCACCGCGGCUGUUCAAGGCACAGUUCAGCAAUGCCUCCAGACUCAGCAAGGCCUCCAGUACUGGGGGAAACACAGGGAAAGGACCAACCUGGGAAACACUGGUGCUGUACUCUGUGAACCUGUCUAACCUAGACCUACAGGUUAACAUGGGGAAUGUCAUGGGAAAUACUGUCUGGUCCACCAAAGAGAUUGCCUCAACAGGCCGUUUCUCAAUUGACAGCAGCGGGCAGAAGAACAUGAGAAUCACUGCAGGGUUAGGGGGCUCCAAACUUGAUGCCAAGGGUGGAAUUGUGGGUGGUUGCAUCGAACUAAGACAGAUCGAUGCUUUCUUCCAAGUCAGCGAGGAUGCUGGCAAGAACCCUGACCACUCGGCUGGCCUAAAGCUGUAUGCCAUGGAGGGACGGCUGGACUACAUGGGGUCCAGUAUACUGAUGACCAGGGUCAGUGAACUGUCCCUGAACUUAAAGGAUGAGUGGACGGUGGAUAUGACCAUGCCGUCUAGUACCAAGGAGACACCUAUUGCCACAAAACGCCCAGCCCUGAUCUUCAUCCAUGGAGACCUGAACUGGGACAUGUUCCACCUGAUGUUAUCCAAGUCCACCACACCAGAUAUCAUCAAGAUGGCCAGCAAGCUGGAGGAGUACUUCACGCAGCAGUAUAACAGCAGUUUACGUGCCUUGUCUGGACUGGGGCCAAUAGCUGCUGCCGUUACAAGACAGAAACGACGAAGACAUUCACAAGAUUCCAUGUCCAUCACAGAACCAGAAGACGAGAUCAAGCUGCACCGUAACUGGCAGAAAGUUUUAGAACGCGUCUCAGGCAUCCAGCUCUCCAUGUUGCCCUCCCCUCUCCCUGAACUGGGGACCAUUGUGGGUGGUACCAUUAAUCUCCAUGGCAACAACCUAUCACUGGCCUGUUUCCAUGGCAUCAACUUUAGGUCCAAGUCCUGGGCGCUGUUUGUUCUGAAUGAACCCACCAUCUCAUUUGCCACUGAGGCCCAACAUAUUUAUAAUGAAGAUCAAGCGGCGACCCAUGCUGUCCAGAACUUGUCCUUCAACCUAGGCCACAACGUGACUCAGCCUACCAACGUCAAGCACAUGGCCACCAUCUGUAAGAUCUCGCGGGGGUACCACAUGCCCCCACCCUUCACCAGUGUACAGGAGUGGUUCCACUAUGCCUUCUCCUCUAAUGAAGUCAGAGUCCUGAACACGUUUCCGCCAAUGCACAGCGAGGAGGUGGCAGCAGAGAGAAAACUUGGCAGACAGAAGAGUAUCACUUAUAACCAUGACACUGAGAUCAUCUUCGCUCUUCCCACUCUGCAGCUACACCUGAAGACUGAGCACCUGCAGGGGGAGAAACCCCCAGGGCCUGAGGAUCCUAUGCCAGUGGUGGAUGUGAGUUUUGUCACGGAGUUUGAGGAUCACAUCUUUGUUGCCAUGGACGCGGAAGUCAUGUUGUUCCUCCACGACCUCGUCACCAGUUAUGUCAAAGAGAAGGACAAAGGCUCCAGGGUGUCUGGCUAUAAGACCCCAAGGUCUCCAGAGACGGAGAAGAAAAAGAUCACAGUGACUGAUCCCACCAGUGAACUGAAAAAGGACUUCAGAGAGUUCCACUGUAAGACAUGGCACCUGGAGCCCACUGUGAGACUUUUAUCCUGGGCUGGCAGCCAGAUAGAGCCUGUGGGUGCCGACAACAUCCUGAAGCGUCUUGGUUUCUCUCACGCCCGUACCACCAUCCCCAAGUGGAUGCAGCGUGGCGCCAUGGAUCCCCUGGACAAGGUACUGGCGGUGCUGGUAGACAAGCUGAUCCUGGCGCUCAGAGAGGACGGGACUGAGGAACUUAAGGAAGAGACACAGUGAAAGAAAUUAAGGAAGAGACACAGUGAGAAACUAAAGGAAUAGACACAUUAAGGAGAAAAGUGCAUAGGAAGUUAAGUUGACCCUGGCUCUCAGAGGAGGGAAGAGAGGAAUUUUAAGGAAGAGACACAAUAAAGAGGAAGGAACUGGGAAAAUUAGGGAAAACUGGUGAAGAAGAAUGCAUGGAGGAAAAAACAGCAAAGCAGGUGGUGCAGAUGUAUAAAAAAUAAUAAUGUAAGGUGUACCUAUGGGGUACAUCAGGGACAUGUAGGGUACCAUGCCCUGGGUACCAAUUGAAGGAUCACCCACUGAGAGGUUGUCAUUUGCCAUUUAUGCCAAAUAGUUCCUUAUGGGAAUGUCUAGAACACUAUUUCAGUGCAUGCUAUGGUGCUAUUAUUUGUUGAAACUAGAACAUUCCUGGACACAAGAUGGCGUAUAUGACGUGUCAUGGAGGUCAACUCUUCCUCACUGGUGACCUUGUCCUUAUUGUGACCUUGCCUAGGACACUUUACUCACACAUUGAAAAUGGAAGAUAAAAAAUCUUAAUACAUAUUGGUAGUUUAAAAAUUAAUAAUGAAAAAAAAUUAGUUGAAAGUAGCAUGAAAAUUGCUUUGUAGCAAAAGCAUGGUGUGUGUUUUUUAUUGUUUCAGUUAUCAAACGUUGAUUGAUAAAAGUUCUCUUAUGAAGUAAGUUCCCAUUUAUUUUUAUAUUUUAUUUCAUUUCAUUGUGAGUAGCAUAAAAUGCAUAAUUAUAGUGUAAUGUUAUUUUAUCUAGUAACAUUAUUUGCUGUAGGCCUACCUUAAGCUGAACUUUCACAUGGAUAAAGAAGCUUUAAACUCUUAAAGUGAGCUUUGGAAUGAUCAGUGAUGCGUUCAUUCUAGUCCAGGUUUUAUGGAAAGGCAGAAUAAAAGAGAAUGGGUGAGUGGCUAUCCCUUCCCCACCCAGCCCUACCUUUUAGCUUCUCCUUCCUUUGAAAUGUUUCAACCUGCAAACAUAGGGUAACAAAAAAGAUCAAACAUAGUCCAAGACCCCCCUCUGUAGCAAAAUACCAGGCCUUCACAUGUUAGAAAAGCUCCACAUUUGGAGCAUCCAUACUGAGGGGUUAAGUUACCCAGCUACUGGUAUAUUGAUAGGGUAAAUUUGUCAAGCCACCAAGAAUAUAAUUAAAAUUUAGUGGCAAUAAAAUUAUUAUUGGAUUUUAUAAAGCAUCUUUUUUUACUUGAAACUCUUGCUUUAAAUGACCAGUUAACAAAUAUUAUUAGGCAUGUAAAAAGUGUACAUGAAUUUGUGUAAAGAUUGGCUGAUUGUCAUGCUGUUUAUGUCUUGGUGCUUAGAUUUCUAUUAUUACAUCAGGAUCCCUUUGAUGUAAAAUUAUUGAUAAGGUUUUAAAUUUCAUUGUCUGCUAUUCUUUGCUGAAUUAUUUUCAAGUCUGAUGGAAAUGCAUUUAAAUGCUUAAAAGUACUUUUUGUAUGCAUUUGCAUAGCAUUUUGAUUGAUGAUUAUAAUGUUGUUAGUAAACAUAUCUUGUAAAAAAUUAUAUCAUUGUCUUGUACAGAAACAGGUGUAUAUUUUCUUAGUUUUAUCAAGCAUUUUUAUUAACUCAGUUAUUGUGGAGUCAUUGUUAUUAAAACAUAAAUCUGUCUAUUAAUUGUGGUCAGUCUAGUGAUAUGUAUUUUUUUUUUUUAUUAAAAUGCAAUACAUUAUAGAAAUAUCACCAAAUAUAUCCACAUUCUGGUAUGUGUUAGAGUAUUGAAUAAUAGUUUAUUGUGAUAUUUUGUUGGUGAAUAAUAGUAACAAGUUGAACCAAAAAUGUUCUCUUUUUGCUCAGGAAAUAUGUUAAAAUUCAACAAACUCUAACAAAGAUAGCAAUAUUUAUGUAUGUGAGCCACUUUGGGGGAUUGUUUUAUUCAGUACAGCGAAAAGUAGAAAGAAGCUUCAUUAAAAUUGGAUAUGAAACGCUUUCAAGUUUUCUAGCGUAAUGAGUAUGCUUGUGAUGUUCAUAUUUCCAAAGCGUUGAUUCUUUUUGUAACCAUGAAA